GAUAUAAGCACCGCGAAAGCUCAAAGAUUCAGAUUACAAAUCCAACAGGAUCCUCACCUCCAGCAGCCAAUUUUUUUUUAGACGAAUACGAUCCAGCCUCAAGCGACACUUUACGCCUCUCAGAAACUCUUCUUCAGAAUAUUUGCCCCGCUACCCAAUCCAGUUUGAGGGAUAGCUGAGAGAAUCUAACCGUUCAUAAUGCUCUUCUUCAGCUUCUUCAAGACGCUCAUCGACCACGAGGUCACUGUGGAGCUCAAAAACGACAUCCAGCUCAAGGGCAUGCUGAAAAGCGUGGACCAGUACCUCAACAUCAAGCUGGACGACAUUCAAGUCGUCGAGGAGCUAAAAUACCCUCACCUGAGCUCUGUGAAGAACGUCUUCAUUCGGGGAUCUGUCGUUCGAUAUGUCCACCUCCCAGCGGCUUCGGUCGAUACUCAGUUGCUGGAGGAUGCUACACGGAGAGAAGCUGCUGCUCAGCAAGCCAAGGCGAAAUAAAUGGAUCCUGGUAUAGAGAGGCGUUGGUUUACCAGCUGAAGAAAGAGAUGGUUGGCGUUUGCAUACGAUAAAUCAUGUAAUUCUGGGUCGGGAGCAUCGGAGAAUGGUAAUAUCUUUACACACUUUGUGGUGCAGGAUCGCUGGGGUUUGUUGCGAGUAUAAAAGCAGUCAUUUGGCGUUUCUCAUGGCAUGGGCAACGGACCAUCAGAUUUUCUUUCCCCCGGCAUCAUUUUUUUGGACGUUUUAAUAAAAAUUUAUGAUAUCC